UGGUUGUUUCUCUCUUAUAAAUAAUAACCCACUUCACCUCCACUAAAAAAUAUUUUCAUUUCAAAACUUUCUCUCACCAAAAGCAAUAACAAUUACUCCUAAUUAAGUUUAAAGAAUUAGAUUGUAGGUUGGAGAGAUCAAAAGAUGUUGGCAAUAUUUCAUGAAGCAUUUGCUCAUCCACCAGAGGAGCUUAAUAGUCCAGCUUCACAUAGAGGACCUAAGAAACCUAAAUUACCCCAAGAAACUCUCUCAGAUUUCAUAUCUACCCAUGAUCCUAAUAAUACUUUCUCCAUGAGUUUUGGUCAUGCUGCUGUUCUUGCUUAUGUUCGUCCUUACCCCGCUAAUCCCCUUCAUCAACUGUUAUUUUGUGGGAAUGAUGACAUAUAUUGCUUAUUUAAGGGGAGUUUAGACAAUUUAUGUGUGUUAUUGAAGCAAUAUGGGUUAUCAAAGAGUGCAAAUGAAGCCAUGUUGGUGAUAGAGGCAUAUAGAACACUUAGGGAUCGUGGGCCGUACCCUGCUGAUCAAGUUAUUAAGGAUCUUGAAGGCAGGUUUGGCUUUGUCAUUUAUGAUAGUAAGACUGGAACUGUCUUCACUGCUCUGGGUUCGGAUGGAGGAGUGAAGUUAUACUGGGGAAUAGCGCUGGAUGGGUCGGUGGUAAUAUCAGACGAUUUGGAGGUUAUUAAAGCUGGCUGUGCUAAAUCAUUUGCUCCCUUUCCAACAGGGUUCAUGUUCCACAGUGAAGGAGGAUUAAUGAGUUUUGAGCAUCCGAUGAACAUGGUGAAGGCAAUGCCGAGGGUAGACAGUCAAGGUGUGAUUUGCGGGGCUAAUUUUAAAGUCGACAAAUUCACUCGAAUCAAUAGCAUGCCUCGCACUGGUAGUGCCGCUAAUUGGUCACAGUGGGAUACUCAGAUGCACGAAGCUGCCUAAUGUGAACGGCUUCAAUGAAAACUUGUAACCCAUAAAAAUACCGAAACCUUAAUCAUAAAAAGAUUGGGUUCGGCUUUGGUGAAAGAUGGUAUCACAUAACAAUAAAUCAAUCUCAUCUAUGUUUGAGGGUGAUGUGAUGGGAAUGGAAUGCACUUAGGUUGUACAUUUAAAUUAGGACUCUUUCUCAUCUUUCCUAAAGGGAAACAUGUAAUGAAGUUUGUCAUUUCUGCUGAUUUGUUAAAAGAAAUUUAUUGUGUUAUGUUGUAAA